AUGCUGGUUCUCGCAGAAGGCUUGUGCCAGCUCAAAUGGCUCUGGUUCAGAGACCCACAACCUAUGCUUGAUCUGGACAGAUUCGACAGCGCGAGCAGAGGCCCAUGGGGUUCGUUCCUAUUGCUUCUUCGCCUUCGUCCCCAUUACUUGGCCACUUUCGGUGCUGUCCUCAGCAUCGUUGCUCUCGCCAUCGAUCCAUUCUCGCAGCAGAUCAUCCGGUACUACUCCUGCUUUCCAGCUUCUCAUACUGAAUCCGCGAAAUUGCCUCGCGCGAACAACUACACUCGGGACGCCGUCCCUCGAGGCAUCGGAAAUGCCGAGCUAAACACCACGUUAGCCACGUCUAUCAUGGUUGGCGCAAUGCCAGACCCCCCAAUAAAUUAUACAGAACUCAUGCCUUUCGAGUGUCGAACCGGCAAUUGUACCUUUCCGGCUACCGAUACUGGUGAAAUGUUUCAGACUUUAGGGCUAUGCCAUCGGUGCUGGGACAUUGCGAAUCUCAUCCAAGUCAACAACACAAAUACAUCCCAGGGCUGGUCACUUGCGAACUGGGAUGUGGGCGAUGAUUGGAACUUUGCUAGACGGCCUGCUUAUGUCGGCGAAAACGCUAUACCCCAUGAAGCGGACAACAACUCCAAUGCUAUGUACUGGAGUCGCAAGACACUGGCCAUGCGAGCCGACUUUGACGACCUCAUCACAGUUGAUGGUAUCAUGCUCAACGUGAAUAAUGACUGCGAUGUUGAGAGUAGCGAACACUGCCCUAAAUAUCCUUGGGCCUUCCGCUGUGCGAUAUAUCCCUGCAUUAAAACCAUGGGUGCGAAGAUUUUGAACUCGAAACUCGAAGAAAAGAUUCUCAGCACAUCCUCGCUCCGCAGAACGAAUGAAACGGCUCUCGAAGUCACAACUUCCGUCAAUCUGACGUGGUCUUUAGCGACCCAUCGCGUGCUCCGAAAUGGCGCAUGGGCUCAAUGCAACCCUAGUUGGAAUCCCACAUCGUCUGAGUCUGUCGCGGUCAACUCUGAAAGGUAUACCCUCUACGCCGGCCGAAGCGAGAGGCAGCUCAAUGUACCGCCAUCAUACUACCCGUCCGACUGUGUCUUUAGUCUCGGCUAUGAGAUCAGUCUGGGUAUCAACCAGUAUCUAUCCUGGAUGUUCGACCCUUCAGACACAGCACCUUACGUCAAGAACGGAAUAAUGAAUACUUUCUCCACUCGCGGCCCCCAGCAAUACAAAGCCAUCUACCGCGCCGGAAAAGCCACACUCGCGACUACCGAUGCAUACUUUGCGCAACUAACCUCCUUCAUCACGGCCAUGAUGCGACAACGUGGUGAACACGCGCCAGAUAAUUGGGCGCAAGGACAAGUCCUGGUGAAUCAGACAUGCGUAGGUGUGCAAUGGCCUUGGAUUACACUACCCGUUUUCAUGGUGUUCUUUGGAGUAACAUUCUUCCUUGCAACACUGUGGCAGAGCUUACGUAAAGGCGUGUUUGUAGGUGCUUGGAAGAGUAGUGCUGUGGCGCCUAUUUGGGCUGCGGGGUUGGGGGGAGGUAUUAGAAGAGGGAGGAAGAGCGAUAUUCAGAAUGGGGCGGAGAGUAAGAGGAUAAGGCUAGUUGAAGAGCAGGGGGCUUGGUUGUUAAGGGUCGAAGAGGGGAUCUUUGCGGAUAGGCGUGGUGAAGCGUAA